AUGAAUGGGGCGUUGAGGAGGGGGCCAGUCCAGGAGACCCUCGUCACGGAGGCCUGCUGUCCGGCGGCGGGCGAACGAAGCCGCCCGGUUCGAGACCCUCCUCGCCGCAAUCUGACGGGCAGAGGAUCCCGGACCCCCCGACUUAGAGCAUCAAGGAGUCAAAUGCCCAACGCAGGAGGAAGCAUCGUGUUUCUUCAGGGGGCAGAGCUGGCCGUGCUCCAGGUGAGCACCAAUGAGGUCCUGUGUGCCGAGUUCGAGUUCCCGGUCGGCCCGCAGGACCAAGUGGGGCCCGAUCGAAAUCCGUGGCGUUUUUCCUUCAACCGUUUUGUGGUGGAGCCGGGGCAGCUGUACGAUGUGACUGUCCACCACCUGCCCAAACUGGGGACGGACGGAGACCCCAAUCAUCAUUCAAAGUGCCUGCUUGUGCCAGACUGCAGGGAUUCCCGGAUGAGGACCACCACUCCCUGCGUCAUCUCAGGAAGCCUGUGGGAGCCAGACCUGAGCGCCGAGCGCCUGGAGAACCAUUCCCUGCGGGUGACCUUCACCCCUUGGACCGAGGCGUCGGCCCGCUACCGGCUCCUCGUCAGCGGCUUCCCGGAAACCACCAACAAGAGCUGUCACCUGAAGCUUCACCACGUAGCCCCGGUGGGGCAGCCCCCUCGGCGCCUGUCUAUCACAGUCCCCCUGGGGAACGUGCGAGCCUGCUGCCGCUACACGGUUCAGAUCCAGCCGUUCUUCCAAAGCUGCGGCAACGACUGCAUCCGGCACACCAUGACGGUCCCCUCCCGGGGGCCGCCCCCGACCCUCCUCCCUCCUCCUCUUACCCCACCCAUGGAAGACCAUUCAGGUGACGUGUCGCUCUGGGUCUACUGGGUCAUCACGUGCGUCUGCGUCCUCCUGGUGGGUUCGGUCAUCCUUACGGCCAUGUGCAUGGCCCACCAGAAACGCGGCUCCGGCGCCAGCAAAUCCAGAAAUGACAGCGUCUACUCAGAGACCCCGGCCCUGCCGCCGCUGCCCCCCCUGAAGCCCCGGAAGGUGUGGGUGGUGUACUCGGCCGACCACCCGCUCUACGUGGACGUGGUGGUGAGGUUCGCCCAGUUCCUGCUGACGGCGUGCGGCACGGAGGUGGCCCUGGACCUCCUGGAGGAGCGGGAGAUCUCGGAGGCGGGGGCCCUGGCCUGGAUCACGCGGCAGAAGCGGGCGGCCGACGCGGGCGCCUCCAAGAUCGUGGUCCUGUGCUCCCGGGGCACGCGGGCCAAGUGGCAGGCCAUGCUGGGCCGCGGGGGGCCGGCCGCCGUCCGGCUGCGGGGGGAUCGGCGCCGGCCCGCCGGGGACCUCUUCACCCCGGCCCUCAACGUCAUCCUGCCCGACUUCAAGAGGCCGGCCCGCUUCGGCGGCUACGUGGUCUGCUACUUCUCCGACAUCUGCGCCGAGGAGGACGUGCCCGAGCCGUUCCUCAUCACCUCCUGCUACCCGCUGAUGGGCGCCUUCGAGGAGGUCUACUUCCGCAUCCAGGACCUGGAGAUGUUCCAGCCGGGCCGCGGGCACCGGGUCCGGGGGCUCUCGGCCGCCGGCUCCCCGGGCGGCCCCGCCGGCCGCGGGCUCGAGGAGGCCGUGCGCCGCUUCCGGGACUGGCAGGCCGCCCACCCGGACUGGUUCGAGCGGGAGAACGGCGGCGGCUCCGACGACGACGAGGAGGAGGAGGAGAUGGAGGAGGAGACGAUACCACCGGGAGGGAAGGAGGCCAUCGUCAGGCAGAAGCUGCUCCUCCGGGAGCCGGGCCUGGCGGAGGGCUUCCGGGCGGACCCCCUCUUGGCCCGGACGGACGCAGGCGCCUUCAGGGUGGACCCUCGACCGCCCCCGGGGCUCGGCCCGGCCCCGUCGGCUCUCCGGACGCUGGUGGCGGCCGACGAGCGGCUGCCGCCCUCCCUCGCGGUGACCCCCGUCCCUCGGGCGGCCGCCCCGACGGGGCGGUUGGUGCCGGUGGAGGAGGAGGAGGAGGAGGGGCGGCUCCUGUCCGACCCGCUCCCCGGAGCCCCGGCCGCCGGGCCGCCGGACCCCCUCGCCCCGGGCCGGCUCGAGGAGUGGGUGCAGUCCCUCCUCGGCCCGGGCGACGGGGAGACGCGGACCCCGGCCGGAGAGGAGCAGAGGCGGUCCGUGCAGUCGGACCAGGGUUACAUCUCCAGGAGCUCCCUGCAGCCCCCGGACGGACCCGAGGAGGACGAGGAGGAGGACGACGGGGAGGAGGAGGACGGGGAAGGGGAGGAGAGGGAGGAGCCCCUGUCCCCCGCCGUCUUGGCCAGCCUAAAGAAUCUCCAACACCAUCUACUGUUCCACCACCUCCGGCAGGAGUCGGGGCAGCCGGCCCCCUCCUAGCGUCUCCGCCGGGCCGGGGGCGGGCCCUUCGGGGAGUGGGGGACAGUGGUACCCCUCCCCAAUCUGCACCGGCACCGCCGCUGGGUCCCUCUCCAGCCGAGGAGGCGGACGGUCGGCAGCUGGGCGGGCAGGACGAGGAGCGGUGCGGCCCGGCGGGAAGAGCGCGGGCCUAGGAGAAGGAGGACCUGAGUUCCGAUCCCGCCUCCGCCCGCGUGUGACUUGGGCGGGGCGCUGCUCUGUGCCUCGGUUUCCUCGCCUGUAACGUUCUCCCUCCUGCUCGGAUCGUGAGUCCCAUGUGCCUGACCUGAUUAUCUUGUAUUUACCCUGGUGCUUAGGAAAGGGCUUUUUUUGCGGUAUCUGUUAGACUUACUAUGCACAUUUUGGAGGAUGCCCC